UUGCUUCUGGGAUUGGCUAGGAAGGCAGUUCCGCUGAGGCGUGGUAGGAAGUGGGGGCCGUCAAUCACGAGGGGACUCCAAACAGUGAGGCUUGAGCUGGAGAACAGCGUUUACCGGCGGGCGGCCGGUUUUGUGAAUGAAGCUAUGGCUACAGAUUCCCCGAGAAGACCCAGUCGUUGUACUGGUGGAGUUGUGGUUCGCCCUCAGGCUGCCACGGAGCAGUCCUACAUGGAAAGUGUGGUGACUUUUCUACAGGAUGUUGUGCCACAGGCUUACAGUGGAACACCUCUAACAGAAGAAAAGGAGAAAAUAGUCUGGGUCAGAUUUGAAAAUGCAGAUUUAAAUGAUACAUCAAGAAAUCUGGAAUUUCAUGAAAUACACAGUACUGGGAAUGAGCCGCCUUUGCUGAUUAUGAUUGGCUACAGUGAUGGAAUACAGGUCUGGAGCAUCCCUAUCAGUGGGGAAGCACAGGAGCUCUUCUCUAUUCGAAAUGGCCCAAUUCGGACGGCUAGGAUCUUGCCUGCUCCACAGUUUGGUACUCAAAAGUGUGACAGCUUUGCAGAGAAAAGGCCCCUUCUUGGUGUUUGUAAGAGCACUGGAUCUUCUGGCACUAGCCCACCUUACUGUUGUGUGGAUCUGUAUUCACUUCGUACUGGGGAAAUGGUCAAGUCUAUUCAGUUUAAAACUCCUAUCUAUGAUCUUCAUUGCAAUAAGCGGAUCCUUGUCGUAGUCUUGCAGGAGAAAAUUGCUGCCUUUGAUAGCUGUACUUUCACAAAAAAGUUUUUUGUAACAAGCUGCUAUCCUUGUCCAGGGCCUAACAUGAAUCCUAUUGCUCUUGGGAGCCGCUGGCUGGCUUAUGCAGAAAACAAGUUGAUUCGAUGUCAUCAGUCCCGUGGUGGAGCCUGUGGGGACAACAUUCAGUCUUAUACUGCCACGGUCAUUAGUGCUGCUAAAACUUUGAAAACCGGCCUGACGAUGGUUGGGAAAGUGGUGACUCAGCUGACAGGCACGCUGCCUUCAGGUGUGACAGAAGAUGAUGUUGCCAUACAUAGUAAUUCGAGGCGGAGUCCUUUGGUCCCAGGCAUCAUCACUGUAAUAGACACGGAAACAGUUGGAGAGGGCCAGGUUCUUGUGAGCGAGGAUUCUGACAGUGAUGGUAUCGUGGCCCACUUCCCGGCUCAUGAAAAACCAGUGUGCUGUAUGGCUUUUAACAUAAGUGGAAUGCUUCUAGUCACAACAGAUACUCUUGGCCAUGACUUUCAUGUCUUCCAAAUUCUGACUCAUCCUUGGUCCUCAUCACAAAGUGCUGUCCAUCAUCUAUACACUCUUCACAGGGGAGAAACUGAAGCCAAAGUACAAGACAUCUGCUUCAGCCAUGACUGUCGUUGGGUUGUGGUCAGUACUCUUCGGGGGACUUCCCAUGUUUUUCCAAUCAACCCUUAUGGUGGCCAGCCUUGUGUUCGAACACACAUGUCGCCACGAGUCGUGAAUCGUAUGAGUCGUUUCCAGAAAAGUGCUGGGCUGGAAGAGAUUGAACAAGAACUGACUUCUAAGCAAGGAGGUCGCUGUAGCCCUGUUCCAGGUCUCUCAAGCAGCCCUUCCGGAUCACCUCUGCAUGGGAAACUAAACAGCCAAGACUCCUACAAUAAUUUUGCCAACAACAACCCUGGCAACCCUCGGCUCUCUCCUCUCCCCAGCUUGAUGGUCUUGACGCCUCUUGCACAAAUCAAACAGCCAAUGACAUUGGGGACCAUCACCAAACGAACAGGGCCUUAUCUGUUUGGAGCGGGGUGUUUUUCCAUAAAAGCUCCAUGCAAAGUUAAACCACCUCCACAAAUUUCACCCAGCAAGUCGAUGGGCGGAGAAUUUUGCGUGGCUGCAGUGUUUGGGACGUCCAGGUCGUGGUUUGCAAAUAACGCUGGUCUGAAAAGAGAAAAAGAUCAAUCCAAACAAGUUGUAGUUGAAUCUCUCUACAUCAUCAGCUGCUACGGGACCUUAGUGGAGCACAUGAUGGAGCCACGGCCACUCAGCACUGCCCCCAAGAUUAGCGAUGACACCCCACUGGAAAUGAUGACAUCACCUCGAGCCAGCUGGACUCUGGUUAGAACUCCUCAAUGGAAUGAAUUGCAGCCACCAUUUAAUGCAAACCACCCUCUGCUCCUGGCUGCAGAUGCUGUACAGUAUUAUCAGUUCCUGCUUGCUGGCUUGGUUCCCCCUGGAAGUCCUGGGCCCAUUACUCGGCAUGGGUCCUAUGACAGUUUAGCUUCCGACCACAGUGGACAGGAAGAUGAAGAAUGGCUUUCUCAGGUAGAGAUUGUGACUCACACUGGACCCCACAGGCGUCUGUGGAUGGGCCCACAGUUCCAGUUCAAAACCAUCCACCCCUCAGGCCAGACCACAGUCAUAUCGUCCAGUUCGUCAGUGUUGCAGUCUCAUGGUCCGAGUGAUACUCCACAGCCCCUUUUGGAUUUUGAUACAGAUGAUCUUGAUCUCAACAGUCUCAGGAUCCAGCCGGUCCGCUCUGACCCAGUCAGCAUGCCAGGGUCAUCCCGUCCAGUCUCAGAUCGAAGAGGAAUUUCCACCGUGAUUGAUGCUGCCUCAGGUACCUUCGACCGGAGCGUGACCCUGCUGGAGGUGUGCGGGAGCUGGCCCGAGGGCUUCGGGCUGCGGCACAUGUCCUCCAUGGAGCACACCGAGGAGGGCCUGCGGGAGCGGCUCGCCGACGCCAUGGCCGAGUCGCCCAGCCGGGACGUGGUGGGAUCCGGAACAGACACAGCCCUUGAUGUAGCAGUAAAAACCACCACCCCUGAGAGGCACAUGGCUGUGAAGUGUGUUGAACUUCAGCGCGAGGGAAGCAUCGAGACUCUGAGUAACAGCUCGGGUUCUACCAGCGGCAGCAUCCCAAGAAACUUCGAUGGCUACCGAUCGCCGCUGCCCACCAAUGAGAGUCAGCCCCUCAGCCUCUUCCCUACCAGCUUCUCCUAGGUGCCAGCGACCUGCUUCGGACUGGCCGGCCCACUCGCCUGCCUGCCGGGGGAAGGAGGAGACGCCCCCCUCCGACUCUCCCCGUCCGUCUCUGCUCCUCUUUCACCAACCACCUUCCCCAAGCCUAGUGACAACAGCCCCCCCCCCUCCCUGGAUGGAGAAGAGACCCUUCCCCAGAGCACCUGGGUGCACGCGGACCCCGUCAGCAGGGCUGGGGCCGAAAGAGACUGCAGAAGCGCCGCCCCCUCCUGUUUGCACAUGGUGUCCUGCGUUGGAUCCGCUUUUGUAUUUUCUAACCCACGGGGGGCCUGUGGGGGGGGG